UUCCUUCAUAAAAAAGAGGAAGCAGGGAGCCAGAAACCAAAAAAAAAAAAACAGAGUAAAAAAUGGAAGAACCCCAAAAACAAAAGAAGAUGAAAAUACUUUGCCUUCAUGGAUUUAGAACAAGUGGGAGUUUUCUCCAAAAGCAAAUUAGCAAAUGGAAUCCUGAAAUCUUUGCUCAUUUUGACAUGGACUUUCCUGAUGGCAUAUUUCCAGCUAGAGGAAAAUCUGAUAUAGAAGGCAUUUUCCCACCACCAUACUUUGAGUGGUUCCAAUUUAAUAAGGAAUUCACUGAGUACGAAAACUUGGAAGAAUGCAUCUCCUAUCUAUGUGAGUACAUCACAAGCAAAGGUCCUUUUGAUGGUUUGCUUGGCUUUUCUCAGGGGGCAACGCUAUCAGCACUAUUGCUAGGAUACCAAGCACAGGGAAAGGUGUUGAAGGAGCAUCCACCAAUUAAAUUAUUUGUGUCAAUAUCAGGAUCCAAAUUUAGAGAUCCAGCCAUAACUGAUGUGGCCUACAAAGACAUCAUCAAAGUAAAAUCUGUGCAUUUCAUAGGAGAAAAGGAUUGGUUAAAAGUGCCCAGUGAGGACCUUCUCACUGCCUUUGAAAACCCUCUUCUUAUAAGGCACCCCCAAGGCCAUACUGUCCCAAGACUUGAUGAGGAAGCCACUUUGAAGUUGCUGGGUUGGACUAAAGACAUCCUUCAAUACUAUGGUGCUGCUCCUACAACUGAUACACACAAACAUGAAAAUGGAGAAACAAAAGAAAUAGGCAUUGAAGAGACAAAUCCAAAACCAGUCAGUGAGAUCCAAAACCAAGAAAAAAAUACGAGAGAAACUGGGGCAGUUGAGGCAAUGGUCCAAGCAUGAUGAUGUAGAACAUGAAGACAACAGACAAAAGAUGGAUCCUAUUCCGCCAAGUUCUUUGAAUGGUUUAUCUGGUAGAUUAUACAUUAGUGUAUGCUUGAUCUUCAGGGAAAUUAAAUAAUGAAAAGAGGUCGUUUGGCCUUUAAUCUACUUUUAUCUA